AUGAGCCACUCCGUUAACAGAUUUACCAGGAAGAAAGUGGCCAUUGUCGGCAGCGGCUGCUCGGGCAUUGCUGCGCUUUGGGCCCUGAACAGGACGUAUCACGAUGUCUACCUUUACGAGGCCGCAGACCGCUUGGGCGGCCACGCCAACACUGUGCAGUGGAAGGCUGGCAAGUAUACGACGGACGUUGACACCGGCUUCAUUGUCCUAAACACUGCGACAUACCCGAAUUUCUUGAAUUUUCUGAGUAGGGUUGGAAAGCCAGCCGUCGGGGUGCCAACCGAGCCCACUGAGAUGACCUUUAGCGUAUCGCGAGAUCGGGGUCUUUUCGAAUGGGCGAGCACGAGCCUGGGCACCAUCUUCUGCCAAAAGCGAAACAUCUUUUCUCCCAGGAUGUGGAGGACGCUGUUUGAUAUCGUUCGCUUCAGCCAAUUUGCACUAGAUCUGCUCAUAGACGAAGAGGAAUAUGAGCCUCGAUAUGGAGGAGAGCACAUGAUGAACCAUGUCCACAAGACCUUGACCAUUGGAGAGUACCUAGAGCGUGAAGGGUACUCGGAUGGCUUCCGAGACGACUAUUUGAUACCCAUGACGGCUGCCAUCUGGAGUGCCAGCCCGGAUAAAUGCGCAUUAGAGUUUCCUGCGACGACGCUUGUCCGCUUCCUAUGGAAUCACCACUUGCUAUCAACACUGGCCCUACGCCCGAAGUGGCUUACAUUGAAAAAUGGCGCUCGGUCAUAUAUCGAUGCUGUCAUGAAGGGCUUUCCGUCCAAUCACCUGUUCCUCAAUACUGCCGUCAAGAACGUCUCGAAUGAUUCGCAGGGUCGAGUGCUAUUACAUCUUGAAAAUGGCAAGACUGAGGUUUAUGACCAUGUCAUCUUAGCGACUCAUGGUGACCAAGCUCUGUCCAUCCUCGGUGCCUCUGCCACAGAGCAGGAGCGUUCGAUAUUGUCUUGCUUUCAAACGACGCAAAACGAAGCAGUGCUGCAUUCGGAUGUGUCGCUGAUGCCACGAAAUAAAAAGGCAUGGUCAAGCUGGAAUUUCCUUACAACGUCUUCUUCUUCAACGAAAAAGGCCAUGAUGGAUAAGGUUUGCUUGACAUAUAACAUGAAUAUCCUGCAGCACAUUCCAAGAAAUCCAUUUGGAGAUGUUUUGGUCACUCUAAAUCCCAUCCAGCGCCCCGACCCAAGCAAAGUUCAAGGGACAUUCCGCUACAGCCAUCCUCUAUACACUCCGUCCUCGGUGCGUGCACAAAAAAUGCUGCGCUACAUACAGGACAGGAGAGGGAUUAGCUAUAUCGGUGCUUGGACCGGAUACGGAUUCCACGAAGAUGGAUUUACUAGCGGCUUGCAAGUGGCUCAGGAUCAUCUAGGUGCUAAGCUCCCCUUUGAGAUGCGAGACUCUACCUAUAGUCGUGGAAGGGUUCCCAGACUAGGUUUGCUGGACCAGCUACUGCGACUCAUCAUUCUGGCCAUCCAAGUGUUCAUCAUUCAGGUGCUAGAGAGGCUGGCGCAGUCCGGAAGACAGAAAGUGGUGAAACCACUUGUCAAUGGUAUCCAGAAGAAAUAUGGACGUCAAAAAUUGGCAUAA